UUGCCUUCCUCCUCGGCUUCUCCCAUUGUCUCCGGAGCCGCCUUUGCAGCUCCCUCCGGGGAGUGGGACCACCGCCUCAACGCCUUCAUCCUCCUCCUCCUCCUCCUCCUCUUCUUCUUCUUCCUCCCCUGGAGCCCUGCAGGCCUGAGCCUUCUAUGAUGUACACUCCAGACUGAACUUGAAACCGGGGCAGCUUAGGAAGGGAAGAAGGCCGGCUGCUCCGGGCAUCAAGAGAGAUAUAUGGUCCUUGGAGGAAUAUUGGAGCCUGUGAACAUUUGGGAACCGGUCAGAGACUUUGCUUGACUUGACCUGCUCUUGGGUGGAGGAAGAUGCUGUAGAAGAGCGGCCCUGUGCUCCUGGGGAGGGGGAACAGGGGAGGUGGAAGGACCUUUCUGCCUUGAGACCCACGGAUAUUGGGACUUUUCUGCUUGAGAGAGCCCCCUCCCCAUGUCCAGCGGUCCCUGUGGGUUCCUCAUCGUUUGAUAGACGGACCAGAUUGUAACCUCUUCUCCAUCUUCCCUCUCCACGGCGCUCCUCUUUUGUCUCAUGUGGAUUUGAAAGCAUCUCGAGGACGGGAGGCCUCCUUGACCUCCAGGCGAAGCCAUGGCGAAGCCGGUGCGUUUGCUGGUGCCCUUGGCGCUGCUGGUGGCCUCAAUGCUGAGCCCAGGCGCAGGCGGAGCGGCCUUGGAGUUCAGCGGCACGACAGGGCAGUGGGCACGCUAUGCGCGGUGGGACGCCAGCUCCUUGGGGGAGCUGAGCUUCAGCCUCAAGACCAACGUCUCCCGGGCGCUGGUGCUCUACCUGGACGACGGCGGGAAUUGCGACUUCUUGGAGUUGCUGAUCCUGGAGGGGCGCUUCCGCCUGCGCUUCACCAUCUCCUGCGCAGAGCCGGCCAGCCUGCACCUGGAGACGCCCAUCAACGACGACCGCUGGCACAUGCUGCUCUUGACGCGCAACUACCGGGAAACCAUGCUGGUGGUGGACGGUGAGGCCCGGGUCGCCGAGGUGAAGUCCAAGCGGCGCGACAUGACGGUGGAAAGCGACCUUUUCGUGGGCGGCAUCCCGCCCGACGUCCGCCUCUCGGCCCUCACGCUCAGCACCGUCAAGUACGAGAUGCCUUUCCGCGGCAUCGUGGCCAAUCUGAAAGUGGGAGACAUGCCGCCAGCGCUCUUGGGCAGCCAGGGCAUCCGCAGCGACAUGGAGUACCUGUGCACCAAACAAAAUCCUUGUGUCAAUGGUGGGAUCUGCACCGUCAUCAACAGCGAGGUGCAAUGUGAUUGCAGCCUUACCGGCUUCCAGGGGAAGUUUUGCAGUGAAGAAGAACUUACGAUGGAAGGUCCGGCUCACCUGACGCUAAACAGCCAAGGAGGGUCCCUACUCUACUCGGAAGGUGGGACAGGGAGAGGAACCAGCGAGGUGCACCAGACGUCGAAAGGGAAAGAAGAGUUUGUGGCGACGUUCAAGGGGAACGAAUUCUUCUGCUACGACCUGUCCCACAACCCCAUCCAAAGCAGCACCGAUGAAAUCACCCUCUCCUUCCGCACCUUGCAGCGCAACGGCUUGAUGCUCCACACGGGCAAGUCGGCCGACUAUGUCAACCUCUCGCUGAAGAGCGGCGCCGUCUGGCUGGUCAUCAACUUGGGCUCGGGGGCCUUCGAGGCACUGGUGGAACCCGUCAAUGGCAAGUUUAAUGAUAACAACUGGCACGACAUCCGUGUGACCAGAAACCUGCGCCAGCACGCAGGAAUUGGACACGCUAUGGUAAACAAACUGCAUUACCUGGUGACUAUCUCUGUGGAUGGCAUCCUCACCACCACCGGCUACACGCAGGAGGACUACACCAUGCUGGGCUCGGACGACUUCUUCUACAUAGGGGGAAGCCCCAACACGGCUGACCUGCCCGGGUCCCCCGUCAGCAACAAUUUCAUGGGAUGCCUCAAGGAUGUGGUCUAUAAGAACAAUGACUUCAAGCUUGAACUGUCCCGCCUGGCCAAAGAAGGGGACCCCAAGAUGAAAAUCAACGGUGACCUGGUCUUCCGCUGUGAGAAUGUCGCAGCCCUGGACCCAGUCACCUUUGAGUCUCCUGAAGCCUACAUCUCCCUCCCCAAGUGGAACACCAAGAAGACGGGCUCAAUCUCCUUCGAUUUCCGUACGACGGAGCCCAACGGGCUGCUGCUCUUCAGCCAUGGCCGAUUGCAGCCGCCCAAAGAAGGCCGGUCGGAGCGGCUCCACAAGGCAGACUACUUUGCCAUGGAACUCCUUGAUGGCUAUCUUUACUUGCUGCUGGACAUGGGCUCAGGUGGGAUCAAAAUGCGGGCCAGCAGCAAAAAGGUGAACGACGGCGAAUGGUGCCAUGUGGACUUCCAGCGAGACGGACGCAAAGGUUCGAUCUCCGUGAACAGCCGCAGCACCCCCUUCCUGGCCAGUGGUGAGAGUGAGAUCUUGGACCUGGACAGUGAGAUGUACCUGGGGGGGCUACCCGAGAACCGCCUGGAUCUCAUCUUGCCCCCGGAAGUGUGGACGGCCUUCCUAAACUAUGGCUACGUGGGCUGCGUGCGGGACCUCUUCAUCGAUGGCAAGAGCCGGGACGUGCGUCGCUUGGCUGAAGUGCAGAGCGUGACUGGUGUCUCCAGCUUCUGCUCCCGGGAGACCCUCAAGCAGUGCAGCAGCUCCCCCUGCCGCAAUGGAGGGCUCUGCCGGGAAGGCUGGAACCGCUUCAUCUGCGACUGCGUGGGCACUGGCUACUUGGGCCGGCUAUGUGAGAGAGAGGCCACGGUGCUGAGCUAUGAUGGGAGCAUGUACAUGAAGAUAAUGCUGCCCACGGUCAUGCACACCGAAGCUGAAGACGUGUCCCUCCGCUUCAUGUCCCAGCGGGCGUAUGGAUUCAUGAUGGCCACCACCUCCAAGGAGUCGGCCGACACUCUCCGCCUAGAGCUGGACGGGGGCCAAAUGAAGCUCACGGUCAACCUAGACUGUGUCAGGAUAGGCUGUAACCCCAGUAAAGGCCCCGAGACCCUUUUUGCCGGCCAGAAGCUCAACGACAAUGAGUGGCACACGGUCCGCGUGGUGCGGCGGGGGAAGAACCUGCAGCUCUCGGUGGACAACGUCACCGUGGAAGCAGGGCAGAUGGCUGGGGCUCACACCCGCCUGGAGUUCCACAACAUCGAGACGGGCAUCAUGACGGAGCGGCGCUUCAUCUCGGUGGUGCCCUCCAACUUCAUUGGCCACCUCAGCAGCCUGGUCUUCAACGGCCUGCCCUACAUGGACCUCUGCAAGAACGGGGACAUCAGCUACUGUGAGCUGAAUGCCCGCUUUGGCCUGCGCAGCAUCAUCGCCGACCCGGUCACCUUCAAGAGCAAAGCCAGCUACUUGGCGCUGGCCACGCUGCAAGCCUACGCCUCCAUGCACCUCUUCUUCCAGUUCAAGACCACAGCCACGGACGGGCUCAUCCUCUUCAACAGCGGCAAUGGGAACGACUUCAUUGUGGUGGAGCUUGUCAAGGGGUACAUCCACUACGUUUUCGACCUGGGCAACGGGCCGUCGCUGAUGAAGGGGAAUUCAGACAAGCCGGUCAAUGACAACCAGUGGCACAACGUCAUUGUGUCCCGCGACACCAACAACGUGCAUACGCUCAAGAUCGAUUCCCGUACCGUAACACAGCACUCCAAUGGCGCCCGCAACCUGGACCUCAAAGGGGAGCUGUACAUCGGAGGCCUGAGCAGAAACAUGUUCAGCAACUUGCCCAAGCUGGUGGCCUCGCGGGACGGCUUCCAAGGCUGCCUGGCCUCCGUGGAUCUCAAUGGCCGACUCCCAGACCUCAUCGCCGACGCCCUGCAUCGGAUCGGGCACGUUGAGAGGGGCUGUGAUGGUCCCAGCACCACCUGCACGGAGGACUCCUGCGCCAACCAGGGCGUCUGCCUUCAACAGUGGGACGGCUACACGUGCGAUUGCACCAUGACCUCGUAUGGCGGCCCGGUGUGCAAUGACCCUGGCACCACGUACAUUUUCGGGAAAGGCGGGGCGCUGAUCACGUACACGUGGCCCCCCAAUGACCGACCGAGCACGCGGGCCGACCGCCUGGCCGUGGGCUUCAGCACGCAUCAGAAGAACGCCAUUCUGGUGCGGGUGGACAGCGCUUCCGGACUCGGCGACUACUUGCAGCUGCACAUAGACCAGGGCACCGUCGGGGUCAUUUUCAACGUGGGCACGGACGACAUCACCAUCGAGGAGAGCAACGCCAUGGUGAACGACGGCAAAUACCACGUGGUGCGCUUCACCCGGAGCGGCGGCAAUGCCACGUUGCAGGUGGACAACUGGCCCAUCAAUGAACGGUACCCCGCAGGGAACAGUGAUAAUGAGCGACUGGCGAUUGCUAGACAGAGAAUUCCGUAUCGGCUCGGUCGAGUAGUAGAUGAGUGGCUACUCGACAAAGGUCGCCAGCUGACCAUCUUUAACAGCCAGGCCGCCAUCAAGAUCGGGGGCCGGGACCAGGGCCGCCCCUUCCAGGGCCAGAUCUCGGGGCUGUACUACAACGGGCUCAAGGUGCUGUCCCUGGCGGCCGAGAGCGACCCCAACGUCAAGGUGGAGGGCAACCUGCGGCUGGUGGGCGAGGUGCCCUCGGUCAUGACCACGGAGACCACGGCCACCACCCUGCUGGCGGACAUGUCCACCACCAUCAUGGAGACCACCACCACCAUGGCCACCACCACCACGCGGCGAGGCCGCUCUCCCACCAUGCGCGACAGCGUCACCCAGAACACAGAUGACCUCCUAGUAGCUUCGGCCGAGUGCCCCAGCGAUGACGAAGACCUGGAGGAGUGCGAGCCGAGUACUGGAGGUGAACUAGUCUUGCCCAUAAUAACCGAGGACUCUCUAGACACCCCUCCAAUUGCCACCCGGUCUCCAUUCAUCCCCCCACCUCCCACCUUUGGCCCCUUCCUAACCGUAGUCGAGGCCACCAAAGACACCCUUGCCCCGCUGCCGCCCCACCACCCGCGGCCCCCUUGCCUGGCCGACCAAGAGGACAGCGACUGCGAAGAGGGCAUCGAGGCCUCCGGAUACGCCUCGGGCGAGGUCUUCGACUCCAGUUUGCCCCCCACCGACGACGAAGACUUUUACACCACCUUCCCCCUGGUCACCGAUAGGACCCUCAUUGGCCGGCCCGACGGAGCGUCCAAAAAGGCCCACGGAUACCGCCCCAACCUUAGGACAGGACUGCCAGCCUCCUCCUCCUCCUCCUCCUCGCCCUCCGUCCCCGACCUCUUGACCUCCACCUCCUCUCCCGGCCUGGUCCGCCCCGCCGGGAAAAUGAACAACCGGGAGCCCCUCAAGCCCCACCCCGAACAGUACCCCCCUCUGGCCACCUCCUUUGAGCCCGACAAGCUCAGCAACCACAACAACAGGCUUAAGUACCCCGGUAUAACCUCUUCCCCCAAUUUCCACAAUCUACCCACAGCCAACCCGACCGGACCCGGGGAGAGAGGGCCCCCCGGCGCGGUGGAGGUCAUCCGGGAGUCCAGCAGCACCACCGGCAUGGUGGUGGGCAUCGUGGCGGCCGCCGCCCUCUGCAUCCUCAUCCUCCUCUACGCCAUGUACAAAUACCGCAACCGGGACGAAGGCUCCUACCAGGUGGACCAGAGCCGGAACUACAUCAGUAACUCGGCCCAAAGCAACGGCACGGUGGUCAAGGAGAAGCCGGCCGCCGCCACCAAAACGCCCAGCAAGAGCAAGAAAAACAAAGACAAGGAAUAUUAUGUCUGAGCAUCCCCCAUCUUCCUCCUCCUCUUUCCCCCUCCCGCCCGCCCGACCCCCAGAAAAUGCCCCUGCGCGUGCCAGAGAGAGACUGAUGCCUGGCUGGCACCCAACCCACCAAACCCCUAAACUUUUCGGAGAGGCAUAUCCCCAUAACCCCCAACCCCACGACCGCGUGCUUUCCUUCCCUCCUAUGAAAGAGGCCAGCGGGUGGCAAGCUCCCGUCUUCUUCCUCAGUUUGCUCAUCCGUCUUUUUACAUUACGCCCUCCCCUUGCAAAAAAAAGAGAAAAAGAAAGAAAAAUGAAUUAUAUAUAUAUAGAUAUAUAUAUAGAUAUAUAUAUCGAAGCAAGGCAAUGAGCUCGCAGGGCCUACCUCCCCCUUGUCCCAUUGUCCCGGAGGGAAAAGCAAGCCAACCCAAAAACACACACAUAAGGUGGCAUUAGAGUCACUGUUCCCCUGUCUCUUGGCCUGAAGAGAGGGAUGGAUGGAAGGAUGCUCAGAAAAGGAGAAUGGAAGCGGGGAGGGCGGGUUGGGGUUUCAGGAUCCCCGGAUUAUUAUGAAGAUGAUGUUGCUUCGCACGAGAGUUGUUUUGCACGAAGGUCCAUGACCCCUCUUUGCAAAAGGGGUGGAAAGGAAGCCAAAAAGGGGUCUCCGCACAUCUCGCCUGGCCCCUCCUAUGACCCACAGAGAACCCUCUCUGGAGUUACGGCCAAACCGGACCCAUCGCUCUCCGCAGAACCCUACCCGGACUGGGAAGCGGGUGCGAAAUGGGAUGGCGGCCCCUUCCCCAAAGCCCCGAUCUGUCUCCGAAUCCUCACACAAGCAAAGGGGUCUGUCCGUCCUUUCUCAAGAACCGCCUCCCUUCUUUCUCUCUCUCUUCUUUCUCUCUCUCUCUCUUCGUUAAUGUGUCCGAGUCUUGGAAAUGUGUGGAAUAAAGCAAAAUGAGUUUUUUUAAAAAAAAUACUACUAAUUACAACAAAGCAGGUAAUGUGGGUUUUUUGCUCAUGCCGUUGGCCUGAGGAUGCUCCCAUAUCCGACGGCAAACAAAUAUCCUGUCUUGUAAUUUUCAAAAAAAGGAGGGGAGGGAGGAAGGCCAAAGGGUUUUUUUUAAAAUACGGAAAAAGAAACAAGUGUGACACCCAACGGAUCCAAGAAGUUGAGAGCGGUUUCAGGGUGGAGCUGCCUUGCUGCGUGCGGAAGGGGUGUGGGAUGGAAUUAAUGUGGGUUUUCUUUUACAAGGGUCCGGAUGAAUAAUUCUUUACCCCCUUUCCGUCCUCUCCUACAUCUUUCUCCCCUGGAUCAAGGUGCUAUUACAUGGAUUUUAUGAUUUUUGGUUUGUUAAACUGUGUUCAGAGCAUGUCCAACUCGAGUCGCCUUUUCAUUUCCUUUUGCUUUGUCGACAUGUAUUUGGGGGCAGGUUUGGCAGAUGGAAAACGAAAGAGACCUGAAGAAAUCUGUGGCCUAUUCUAAGACCAAUACUCCAUUUCUUAAAGGUAGAUAUGUUGGUGGGUGUAUCUAAUGAGUAAGGCCUUGCUGCGACCUCUCUCUCCAUGUCUCCUCUGCUGCUGCCUUCUCGUUCUUCUUUAAAAAGCUGAGAGGAAGCCAUAGAUAACUCUAUAUACCAGCAGUUCUCAACCUGUGGGCCGCGACCCCUUUGAGGGGCGAAUGACCCUUUCAUGGGAUCGCCUAAGACCAUCGGAAAAUACAUAUUUCCAAUAGUCUUAGGAAUCGAGACACCACUAACUUUUUCUCGCCUCCUCUACUUCCCAGAGGCCUCUUCUUCUUCACCAUUUUAGGAGGAAGAGACGGAGUGACGGAGGUGAGUUUUGCUUUGGAACAAGAGGUGGAGGAGGUGAGGAAGAGGUUCCUGGGGGUAGGGCAGGGCUUAGAGCGUGGUGGAGUUGCCAUUGCCAAAUCCCAGGGAGAAAGAGAAGUAACAAUGAAAAUACAUCCUGCAUAUACAUAUCAGAUAUUUACAUUACGAUCCAUAACAAUAACAAAAUUAGUUACGUAGUAGCAACGAAAAUAAUUUGAUGGUCAGUGGUCACCACAACAUGAGGGACUGGAUUAAGGGGUCGCGGCAUUUGGAAGGUUGAGAACCACUGCUAUAUACAGAGAUCUAUCUAUACAAAUGCAUAUAGGUAUAUAUAGAUAUAUAUAUAUAAAGAUAUAUAAGAAUAUAAAAAGUAUACAUAAUGUAUGGAGAGUUUUACAUAAAUUGCAGGAAGACAGAAUUGGAAGGCCUCCGGGGUUCUGACUUUGGGCACCAAAAUUGGGGAGACUGAGGCCAUGUUGGAGAUACAGAGUGGGAUUGUUGUAUUGUGCCAAUGGGGCCAAGGGUUGCAAAGAGGAAAAAGGCACUACAGAACAAAGGUAUGGUAGAAAUAGGCUGCUUGGAAAUGGCAGAUUUGGUCCAGCCAUUGAUAACUGCAAUCUGAGCACAUACCGCAACCCUUUGCAUAGUGCAUCAAUUUAGAUUGCUGUCAUUAAAAGCCAGCAAAGUCUUCGUUUUUGCACUGUGUUAAGUAAGAAACCCACCGUUUUGGCUCCGAGCCCCCAAUUUAUCUUUAGUUCUGAACCUCCACUUCCUGAAGCAAAGGCUACCAUUAACCUGCAGAUCAACGCCUUUCAUGUGGCAAGUCUCUCGCACAUAGCAAUGCAAAGCUGGGACAGAGUCUUUAGGCACUUUAGGUCCUGGAUGGAUGAAAUGUGGAAUCGUAUUGGAUCUACUGACCAACAAGCACAUCUUAGGCCCCAUCUACACUGACCAUUUAAUGCAAUUAUAAACUGGUAUAGAAGAAAGUGGUUUCACAGUGCAGAGGAUUACAUAGGAAAUCCAGUUUCUUAAAUCCUAAACUCUGAGGCAUUUUGAUCCAAAAUUCCCAUAACGUAGGCCUCAUAUGCUUGGCAUGGAAAACCCAAUGGCAACCUCCAUGGCUAUGGUUCUGCCCAUCUUAUUCAGACUUUUGGAGGUAAGGGACCCCUCGUCCAAAGGUCCCGUCCAUACUGCCAAAGUGUAACACAUUCAUACCUCUUUAACUGCCGUGGCUCCGUCCUGUGGGAUCUGAGGUUUUUUCCGGUGUAUGAUGGGCCGGAGAUCUCUAGUGCCUCCCCAAUUUGUCGGAAUGGAGCCAGUUAAAAUGGUAUGGAAGCGCUACAAUUUGGUAGUGUGGAGGGAACCACAAUGCCAGUAUCCUUCCUUGCUGUUUGUUUGUGUGAAAGAGAUAGAAUAUGUGUUCAGUGCCUCGCAGUCUCUUGUCGGUGCUAUAAACAACAUUCAGUGAUCAUAUCUUUGAAUGUAGCUUCUGUCAUUCAAAGAUAUAUUUAGUCUCCAGCACAACAGAUAACAACCUCUCCAAAAGACAUAGUGGUGUCCCCUUCAACACAAUGAGGAAAGCUUAAAGGAUCUAUUUGAGGCUUGGGGGAAUCUGGAUGCCACCCAAAAGAGCGGCUGCAUCCUUUCCAUAUUUUAGUCCAAAUGUUUGACGCUGCUUGGACACAUCCUUUAAAGUCCAAAUAGCAAUGGUAGGGAUGGCGAUUUCAUACGCUCUUGAGUCCCAAAACAAUCUGUUUAUGUUAUGGCUGCUGCUCCUCUUUUGCAACAAGGAGUUUGAAAUCAUGGCUAGUUUUUUUGAAAUCUACCCAGAGGUUCACCAAGACACCUCCAUUGUGUUGCCUUUCCAAGAUAUUUAGGAAAAAUCUUGAGUUUUCCAACACACAAGUUGGUUCUUGGAGAGGCAUGAUGCUCAACCAAUCCUUUCGGACGCAUAUGGUCCAAGAAUCUGAACCAACCAUCAGAGAUUUAACAUGUCUUUUUUGCCUAGGAACGUUUAUGUGUUCAGAUAUGCCAUUCCUGUACUCAUCAUUUAUGGUUCCGUUUUUUUUAAAAAAUUGCAGAGAGCAAAGGCAAACCAAAAACCGUAAUCUCAUCCAGAGAUGAGCAAAUGUAAACACGUUGGAAUUAGAAUUGGCCAGAUUUGUAACAUCUGUAUCUAGCAAAAGUUAUGUUACUACAUAGGAUAGCAAUGUGUAAUGGGACUAAUACCCAUCUAUCUCAUUUGUGCAUUGCUUCUGUUGUGUAUCGGGACACAGACUUACGUAUUGGAAGACUCUUGCCAAUGCCACAUUGCCCAUUUUCACAAUCCAUGAGCAGCGUUUCCCAGCUCCUCUGCUCUGUAGCUACGUAAAAUUGUCAUUCCAGCUCUAUUUAAAACAGAUGCUACUUCCACCCCUUCAUUUGCAGGAGAUCUUGGGACAACAGAAAGAGGAGGAAUUUUUAGUUCUGGUUGUGGAAAUCCUGAAUCCCAUUGUUGUAGCCAUCCUUUGUUUUAUACAUGGACUCCCCCAUGGUGUACGCACCAUACGUUGAAAACCACAACUGAUGUUGAAUUAAACCUACAGGUAGAGGCCAAAGACAGGUCUGGAAAAGGCGUGCUGUAAAACAUAUGAAAGUAUCGAGAAAAGUUUGCAUUUCUAUGUGAGAGAAAGAGAUGUUGGGUCUCCUGAAAUGAAUAUAUUGAAACAGUACAGAGUGGUUGUAGUUGGUUCUUGGAAGCAUCAGAGCGAAGGAUGAGACCUCCGGAGGUGGCAUCACCUCUCAGCCUUAAUGUCCAAUAUCCCAGACAAGGUCCUAUCGAUGACCGAAGGACGCAUUGAAGGACCAAGUUCUUGAGAAACUCAGGGACUCCAUGCAGAUGGAGAAGGUGGGUCUCAGUAGAAGUGCGAAGGCAGCUUGAGGUGGAACUUUUGACCUAUGCAGAACUCUUCCUUUGUUAAAUAGUGAAGAAUAGUAAAGGGAGAAAUGUCUCCAUCAUUGGUCUUCAGGUGGAGAUCACUUGAGGGAAGGAGUCUGUAUAGCCUUGUUUGUAGUCGGUCCAAAAAACGGACUGGAUCUGUACUGAGUUUGUGGACCAUUGGCCACUUCCGAAGGCCACGGUUGGCUUCAUUCAUCCAUCCAGUUGAUCGGAGACAUGUUAACUCAUGUGGGGCCACUGGCCACUUCUGAAGGCCACGGUUGCCUUCAUUCAUCCAUCCAGCGUUGAUCAAAGGCAUGUCAACUCAUGUAUGGCAUCUGGGGCCAAGCAUAUAGCUUUUUAGCUUUCAAAAAAAAUAUUAUUUUGCCCCCGUAAGAGAUGUUUAGAGGAGAGAGGCCUCUUCCUUUCGCCAUUCACAACUCGGGUCGAUUUCAGGAGAAUUAGGGUCAAUGAAAUAAGGGGUUUUCAGGCCAACGGAUGAUGCCGGAUGCCGUCUCUCCAUCCAGAGCUAAUUGAUACAACCUUGGCUUUUGGGAAGGGGACGGGCAUCAAUUGUUUGUGUUAAUUGUCCUUAAUUUCCAUGUUCUUCCCUCCCGGUGUCGCCUUUCAUGACCCUCCGCUGCUUCUAGGGCAGGCCUUUCUGCCCCUUUCUAUGAGAGAACGAUGAACAUUCUUACCAAAUGUAAAUUUAUUUGUACAUUAUUAAUAUUUUAUUUUUAUCUGGGGAGGGGGACAUGCAGAAGGUCUAAAAACAAAAAAAACCAAUCCCUCCUUAAUGGGGAAGGGGGGAAACAAAACCACCUUGAAAUCCCAAAACCCCUCUUUUUCUAAAUAAUAAUAAUAAUACUAAUAAAAAAGAUCGGAGUGAGGAAAUCUAGGAUUCCUUUUGAUGACAAAAUUCCUGACAUUUUUUCCUUCUGUUUUUUUAAACGACAUUCCAUUUGGAGUGGAAAUCCGUUUUCGAUUUCAUUUGGAUUUUUCUUUUUGUAAUGGAGACUUUUUUAAAUGACAAGAACAACAACAACAAAAUAAUAAUAAUACAAUCUUUCCUGUUUGUUUGUUAUGUUUUUUCUGGGCAGGGUUGGGGGGGAAAACUGUGAUUCUGCAUAUUUACCCUGUAAAAUUCCUGUAUUCUUCAAUGUUAUUGUAAAGUGUUACUGAUAAAAACAAAAAAGAGAUGACUAUGAACAAAACAGACAAAAAACAGUCCAACCCAUGUACAUUUAGCACAAAGGGGAAUACAAUUGAUUCUAUACUUCGUA